AAUUCAAAUAAUUCAAUGGCGUGAAACAACUGAUUUCCUCUUAUUUUUUAUGACUUUUAUCCAUUUCAAAAGUCAUAAUGUCGCGAAGACAAUCAAAAACAUCCAAACCACCUGUUAAAGAGUUGGAUUUAACGCGUUUGAAAUGCGGAAUCUGCAAGUGUGAAGCUAAUGGACUGGAUGCCAUAUAUUCACAUCUACUGACUCAUAACAAGGGAUCAGACUUCACAUUUAAUAAAGAAACUAAAACCGUCUACCCAAAGCACGCAUUUGUCACGAAUGAAACUCAAACGGGAAUGGAGUUGCUUGCUGAUAUUGUAAAAAUAGCUAGCGCACGGACAGAAAACCAGUCUGAAGAUGUCAAAGGCAUUGCUAAUACUUUAGCUGAAGCUGAUGAGUCACCAUAUGUUGUUGUUGAGGUUGAGCAUGGUCAGAAUUAUGUAGAUAUUGUGAAGAACAUUCAGCAAUUUGUUGUGGGGAAAACUCAAGUGGUAAAGAAAGGUCUGAAAAAAUCAGUUGAAGAUGAGAAUGAUACUGUUUAUACUGAGAUAGGCCAAGGACCAGACUAUCAGAUCCAGAUGAAUUCCGAGCCUGAUCCUAAAAACAAAAAAUCUGUAAAGAGUGAGAAUGUAAAAAAUGAGAGUGACCCAGAAGAAGAAAUGCAGGUUUUAGUAGAGGUCAAUGCAGAAACGGAUUAUGAAGAUGAAGAAGUGUAUGACGAACCAUUGUCUGACAUGGAAAACAUUGAGUAUGCUCUUGAUGGAACGGAAACCAAGAAAACAGCUAAGAAAAGAAAAGCAACAAGCAAUGGUAAAGAGAAAGAGAUAAAAAAGAUAAAAGAAGAAGGGGUUCAAGCUGAUCUUGACUUUGAUGAAUAUUAUGAUGUCAGUCCAUCUCGAGGAAAAGCUAACACCCCUAAAGUGCCGGUAGGAAAAAAGAGAAAAAGUAAAGGUAAAGGUAGUUUUAAUAUAACAAUUGAUUUUGCGAAGGGUGAGGUGAGUGCUGAACAAUCUCAGUACAGUAAGAAAAAGAAAACCCCAAAAGAAAAGAAACCGAAGGACCCAAAUGCUGAGACUGUCAUUAAGAAUCCUCUUGACUACCACAUCGAUGUAAUUGACUGCCCAUACUGUCCGAAUAGAUACAGUAGCAAGAACAACUUCUAUGAGCAUAUGGAAACGAAGCAUGGUGGGCAGUAUACAAUGAUUUGUAAAGGAUGUUGCAUUCCAUUUUUCACUGAAGAGCACCUCAUGUAUCAUGCUGCAGAAUGUAAAAGUUCUCGUCCAAAAAUUCACACAUGCCAUUAUUGCAAUGAGGAAAGCUUGUUUGUGGUGAAAGCCAGGCUUGAACAGCAUUUGAAAGAAGCCCACAACAACAGCAAACCGUUUAAGUGCACUGAGUGUCAAGAGGAAUUGGUAUCUAAGUAUGAACAGAUAGAGCACUCUGGCAAGCAUGAUCCCCAAGUUAUGAUGUGUGAACAUUGCCCGAAGCCCAUCAAGAAAGUUUACAAGUCUCUGUUGCACCUGGAUGGUCAUUUCGCUUCAGCACAUUGUGUGCCACCAAAUAUCUGCUACAUAUGUCAGAUCAACCUGAAAAGCUUCUCACUUGUAGAGCAUCUAAAAACCCACUUCCAGUUUAAUGCAGCGGCAUGUCAAUACUGCGGAAACGUAUACUCCGGCAAAUAUGCAAUUCGCUCACACAACUUGAUAUGCAGGUCAAGGCCAGACGGCGGAGGAAAGAAAAGGCCUGAAGCAAGUACACUGUACAUUUGUGACCAGUGUUCUACCUCGUUUUUAGGUGGCCGAAAAUUACGUGAGCACAUGAGUCGUGUUCAUGGUGUUGGGCAAACUCAUCCGUGCAGAGUUUGUAGCAAAGUAUUCUUUAGGCUCGAUCAGCUUGUACGACAUGAAAGGAGGCAUACGAACGUUAAACACCAUAUUUGUACGGAUUGCGGAAAACCGUUUUCAUCGUUUGAGAGUCUGGAAGAGCAUCGUUUAUCCCACAUGGUUGGCGGUCUGCGAUGUGGUAAGUGUGAUGCACUGUUCCCUGAUAAGCGCAGGAAGGAGGCCCAUGAAGCUCACUGUACUGUGUCCUCCCAAGACGAAGAUGAUGUAGAGGAAGAUGAAGAGUCGUUUCUGACCAUAACUCCUCACCCCAAUACAGUGAGCGUCUCGGAUAUCAGCUAGAGUGUGACAGUAGCUCCUACAUAAUUCAUUAAUCAUAUAUUGAAUAUGUGUGGAUGAUUUAAACAAAACGUUUAUUAAGAAAUUUACUAUAUUAAACGUAAAUAUCAUGAUUGUGUAAUGUAUGCUUGGGCGAAGUUGAGCGGCAUAAUGUUUUAUGUACAAGUUUUGAACAUAAUUCUAAAAGAUAUCAUCUGUGGGAUUGUCAGUUCAAUACAUGUACACAAUUUUUAAAGUUAACCACAUGAUUUUAACACCAGAGGCGUGAUGUGAGACCUAAUACAAAAAAUCACUAGAUUUCAAUUUGGGAAAAUUAGGUACACACUAGGAUGAUUGUUUAGAACUAUGUUUAAUUUAACAAUUUUGUUAAUUUCUCGUUGUUAACUUUCAAGUCUUUUCUGCUCUGAAAGUUAUAUCUAAUAAUUGUGAUCUGCAGUAUUUCUAACAAGAUUUGAGACAAGGGUUUCAACUGUACAUGUUUUGUUUAAAUAUAUAAACAUAAUAUUCAACUAAUUCAUGUUUCUAAGUUAACAUCAAUGUCGUUAAUCAUGUUGUGUAAGUGUUAAUGAUUGACAGGAAGCAUUAUGCAUACAUGUACAUGUUAUAAGAGCAUAUAUGCUGUUUUGUAGAUGAUACAAAUGAGAAGUUGUAAUAAUCAUUUUUGAGUCAAAUGAGUUAUAAUCCUAUGUAUGCCAUCAGAUUUAGUGCACAUGUAUGUUUAAUGACAUAUUUUGAUAUAAAAAGAAAGGGACACUUUUUGCUUUUUUGUGUUUUUUAUUGUUCUGAUUGGCUUAAAAUUGCCAUUUAUGUUUUAUGCUUAAAGGUUUGAUAUGUGGUAGAUGCUUGUGAGAAUGAUAUCUUAAGUCUUGUAUUAGGUCAUCAUCUUUAAAAAUCAUUGGUUUGCAGCUGUCUUAUACAAUCAGUUAGAUUUAUUUGAAAACCAAAUCAUUUUUGUGUUUUUGGUUUUCUUUUUUCAUUCAUUUAGUCCAUAUCCUGAUUUCAACUAUGAAGAUAUUCAUAAGAAAUACUUCAGCGCUUUAGUACUUUUCCUUUGGAGAUAACUAUGUUGCAAAAAUGUACUCAGCUGCUGUGUGCAUGUAAGUGUGUGUUAUUGUGUCAAUGGCUCAGAACUUUGUUAAAGUUAACACUGUUGUUAACACCAAUGUUGUUAACUUUCAAAUCGUUACUGCACUGGAUGUUUACUGAAUGCCGUACACUAGUAAUCUGCUGUAUUUCUAACAAAAUUUGAGGCAACUGGUUCAACUGUCCUUAUUUAUUCCUAAAUAUGUCAGCACAUCAGCACAUCAUCACAUAGUUCAUGUUUAAAAGUGAACAACGAUGUUCUUUUGUUACGUUGUUAACUUGAACAAAGUUCUGAGCAAUCGGCAUAAGUUGUAAUUGCAGUUGGUGGAUGAGAAGUUUGCUUUUGUUAAAUGUUUUUUACUAAUAUUGUUGGGAAUGAUGUUUGAACAUUAUAAUAUAUGUACUAAUUAUUCCAGAAAUACUUUAAGUGGAGCUUGUAAUCUUUUUUUGUAACAAGGACAAUUUAAUACAUCAAUUUUAUUUUAAUCAACAAACAUGUUUUAAACUGCCUCUAUUUACUUUUUAUUGUAACAUGAUAAAAAAGGAGAGUUAAUUAUAUAAGCACUAAGUUGUUACAUCAAUCCUUUACAUGAUAGUACCUAAAAGAAUUUUGCUGAUAUUAAUAAUGUUGCCUCUACAUUGCGUUCAGUAUUUGUAUUAAAAUCUACAGGGGUUCAUGAGUUCAGGAUUAAUCCUAAAAUCAGGAUUUGGAGGUUUUAACUUGAGAUAAUUGUGCAGUGGUAAAGAUUGGUUUUUGCUAGUAUAUUUGCAUUAAGAUCCUUCGAUUAUGAAUGUAACUAACUUUGGAAAUAAUUUCAACAGGGUUCUAAGCCCCUUGACCAUGCUUUGGGCACGAAUCCCUCAGACUCAAACAGACCUCUGGCUAUUUUUCAGGAUUGACAAUGGUCAUUUGUUAGAACCUCUGAUUUCAGUUACUUCUUGUCUGUAAUUGUUGACUUAUACCUCUGUCUCUGCGAUCAUUUGGAUGUUAUAUGGUUAUGUGACGCCUGCAAAGAAUUGUUUACACAUUCAUUGAUUGGCUUAGUCAGCAGCAUCACACUUUGUACAGUCAAUUACUAUUAAUGUCUUGUUAUAGAGUCUUAAAACUUGGUUUGUACAUUGGUUAUGGUCAGGAAAUGACCUCUUUUGAUUUUGGGGUCAAAGGUCAUGGUUAGUGACCUUUACUGCUUCUGACAGGUGCUUUAUCCAUGCUGCAGAAUUCAACUGUUGAUAUAUAUGUUUAGAUUAAAAAGAAAUCAUUUAAUUGUGAAAAAAGGUAUUACUGUACAUGGAAAAUGAAACAAAACAAUUAGAUGGCUUUCUUCCCUUUAAGUGAAGUAUAUAUCAUUUUAUAUUAGGUGUACAUGCUUGUUGAAGUGAAACAAAAUGCUUUAAUUUUCUUUUGUCUACUUUGAUUGUGUGAAAAUACAUUUUAAUGCUAGAAUAUGUUAAUUCUAUCUUGAAGCAAGAUGGUCCUUUAAGUGUGUAUUGUGAAAAUUAUGUUGACAUUAACCAUUCGAGAAAUUGUAUAAUUCUCAUCAUUGUUAUGUGUGUGUUGUAAGAUACAUGACUUCAUGACUAGUUUAUGAAAUGAAAUUGUUUGUGUGAGGCAUAUAUAUAUAUAUAUAUACUUUGUACAUGAAUAUUGAAAUCUUUAUUUAGCUGUUAGUGACUACAUGUAUUCAUAUGGUACUUGGUUAUUUGUGUUUUCCUUCAUGUGUUAAAUAAUUUGUGUAGAGUUGUUUAAGUUGGCUGUUUCCGAUGUAAUUCUUGCUGGUCAUAGACCCCAACAUGAGUAAAGGCAUUUUUACGAUUUACGUAAGGCCUCAAAUUAGAAAUAAAAAUAUAAUUUGGCAAUUAGUUUGGAAAAUAUCAAGAAAAUUCUCAACCUGUGUUGUAUUUUACAUUUUACUAUUCAAACAUUAUAUUUUUACCAAACAUAAAAAUGCCUCCUUUUGAGCAUGCAUUUAUGUCAGAGGUAGUGUAAUGCUGUAUAUAUGUUUUAUAUUUUUAUGUUCCAUAUCACAUAAUAAUAGUAAUAACACAUGUUCUGUGGGGUGUAAACUGUUCCUAAUGCUGUUUGUUCACUGUGUUUAAAUUGGUUUUUGAUUGAAAACAUUUGAUUCAAUGAAAUUGUGUGGAUGAUUAGUAUACAUGGAAUAAAAAAUAUCUGUUCGAAA